AUGUGUAUGGUAUACCGUCACCAUCCGCCCCCACCGACGUCUGGAUGGAAAUACCCCUCAGCGAGCUCGGCGGCAUCGUCAGAUUCUGAGCGUCCAAGCUCGACUCCAGACACCGGCUCGCCCGACGGAUCCAAACUCGACUCUACACGACAGCUGACGGGCAGCCCAACGAGUCCGACCCAGGAGGAGGAAGGCGAAGACGAAGGCAUUUGUAAACGCUGCGACGAAUCACUCGACAGAGGUGUGAUGCCCACAUGCCACGCCCCCUCUGAUCCAGGCCUGGCCCUAUUCAAGCCCCUCCCACCCAACUGCGACUCCCUGCCAUCCUACAUGGUAUACGGCUUCCCCGUGACCAAAUCCAUCAUCGCAAAGGCGCUGGAGGCGAUCGGAUUGGAAGACGAUCCGAAAUCGGACGUCAUGACGAGCGCCUCGCACCUCGGUAUGUACCUCGAGGCGCGGGUCGGUUACACCACAGGGAAUCUCGCGUACUACGUCGGAAAGGCAGAUGCGCAAGCGGAGGAGGACCGUGUUGCGCUGGAUAUCAAGGGGAAACGGGCGGUGGAGCUUUUGGUCGUUUCGGCUACUGGAGAGAGGCGGUUGUAUCGCCAGAGGCCUACCGUCAAGCAGUUUAAGAAGUUGGAGGAAUACCUAGGUGAGGCGAGGUGGUUUGAGGCCAUGGAGCCCAGGAGAAAGUUCCCCGCCUUCCCGCUUGAGAAUCUGCCCAAGCUUCCACCUGGUAUGUUCGAUCAUGUGUGGGAGAAGAUGUAG